CUCCGAGUCACGUGACACCCGUUCGACAUACUUCAGCGGUCCCGGCGCCUAGUGCGCACGCGCAGAGGGCCGGGGGCGGGGCUGGUGCUGUUCCCGCUCCGCCCCCAGUAGAGACUGUAAACAAGUUCUCGUCGGCAGCGGCUGGGGCGCAUGCGCGGGGGGCCCACGCUCGGCCUUAUGGGAGUUACAGUUGGGUCUCCCUGACUCCGUUUCCCGUCGUGCCUCGGGCAGCCCAAUUCCGGCGCGGCUACGGGUCGGCGCACACAGUCUUGUGGGGGUUGUAGUUCGCCGCUCCGGACUCCGUUUCCCAUCAUGCGCCGGUGGACCAGCUUCCGGUGCGGCUAGGGGUCGGCGCGCGCGGCCUCAGUCCUGUUGACUUUGUGGAGCCAUGGAGGGCGGCUUCGGCUCGGAUUUCGGGGGUUCGGGCAGCGGGAAGCUGGACCCGGGGCUCAUCAUGGAGCAGGUGAAGGUGCAGAUCGCCGUGGCCAACGCGCAGGAGCUGCUGCAGAGGAUGACGGACAAGUGUUUCCGGAAGUGCAUCGGGAAGCCGGGGGGUUCCCUGGACAACUCGGAGCAGAAGUGCAUCGCCAUGUGCAUGGACCGCUACAUGGAUGCCUGGAACACCGUGUCCCGUGCCUACAACUCGCGGCUGCAGCGGGAGCGGGCUAACAUGUGAGCGGGACGUCCCCACCCCGACUGCGUGUCCAGAGACGUGCUUGGCGAGGCGGGGCCCGCACCGCACGUGGGUCCUGCCUGCCCUGGUUUAAGAGGGUGGCACCGCUGCUGGGACAGUUGGGACUGUGUCCUCCCACCCCCGCCCCGGCCCCGGCCGGCGAGGACAGCCGGGAUCCCGGGACGCCGAGCCUUCCCAAAGCGGCACCUCCUUCAGGCCUGGGAGUCGCUGCUGUGCCCAGGUCAGCCUCACGCCGUGGGCAAGGAACCCUUGUUUGGACCUUGGAGUGGGGAGUGAUCAGACCCUACCUGAGCUGUGACCUCCUUAGGACCAACUAAUAAAUUGUUGGGGCGAGGA